GCCGGUCUAAUUGAAGACACGCGUACGCAAACUCCCGCAACUUCAGAAUCUCAACCCCACUCCUCUUUCUCUCCCGUCAACUUCAGAACCUCAAGCCUCACCCAUCUCUCCCCGAUAAUGAAAUCUGAACCUCAACCCCUUCUCGAUCGAUAAUGAAGACCGAGAAUCGCAGAUUUUGAAUCGGAUAGUUCGGUUUUUGUUUUUGUUUUUUUGAAAAUCGAACAAGUUCAGAACCUCAACCGAACAAUUUCAGUUUGAGUGGCAGCCCAAAAUCUUCAAUCGCUCAGAUAUCCCAAUUUGAAACCUUCUGGUCGGCUUUUCAAGAUUGUUAUAUUCCAAGCUAGGUCCUCUCAAUAUUUGUUUCCUCGGUGAUGAAGAUAAAGAAAGCCAAUGCUAGUCCACUUACCAAUUUCGAAGUGCUCGAUUUUCUACGAUCUAGAGGUGCUGCAAAGGAUCCCACUCGGGUUAUUGUUUCUGUAGCACCAUCAGAAGUCAAAGUUUUCGAGUAUUUGGAGCAGAGUGUUGCUUGCAAUCAGACGAGAGAAAGUGUUGCAGAAUUUUUGAAAAAAUCAGAGAAGUACAAGCUAGUAAAAGCUGAAAUUCUCAACAUCAUCAACAUUAGGCCUUCUUCUGUGGUGGAUAUCGACCCGCUUAUAGACGACUGUGAGGGGCGGUUGGGGGAAAGUAUUGAAGAAUUGGUAGAGUUGGUUGCAGAGGUUUUUCCCGCCCCAGCACAACUGCAGGUCAAUGAGGGAGCCAACGAGGACGGAGAAGAAAUUCCAGAUGGGAAACAAGUGGACACAAGUUGACUUCUCGUUUGCUUGGUUGAUGGUUGAACUAGAAGCAGAGAUUACGAAGACUUAAAAGUGAGAGGGCUGAGGUUUGCAGAACCUCGAGAUAGAAAACUGUUCAUCCAAAUCUAUGCUUAUAACCGUAUGAGUUUUGAGGAGUUUCUAGGUUAAUCAACGUGUAUCCUUUCUUUUACUGCAUUGCACGUGUUUUUGGCCCUCCUCUGUAUUAGGGGUUUUGCCCAAGUGACCCAAAUUACCCAUGUAUUCAUUCAAACACACCUACACAGGUUGGAGGGUGGUUCAUUUUCUUCUUGUAGAAAUUCAGGGAAUGUUUCCUAUAAUCUUAAAGGCUGUCUCCUAUAGUUCUUCUGGAUGCUUAGAUGAUGGAACCUACUUCCCAUAGGUAUAUGAACUUGGAGAUUUUUGUUUUAAGGUGAAUCAGGGGAUAAGUCCUUCCUGUGCAUUUGGUUGUAUUAUUAUGAGGGAUCUUAUUUGACAAGAUAAUCAUGCUCGCUCACAAUAUUUUGUGGUUUGUUUC